UUAUUCUAAUGAUCUUAAAAGCUUUACUACCGCUAUAUAAGCCACGACGGGGCACAGAUCGAUCAAGUUGGUGCAAGAUGUUCCUACUGAAAGAUCUAUUACUAUUGUCUUGCUUGACAGUGUUAACGGCCAGCGGAGCUCCCAAAACCAUCGCAGGAGCACCAUGGGCGAGCUACGCUUCGAAAUCCGCUUAUGCGAGAGCUCUUGGACCUCCUGUAACGGGAAUGGACACCAUAACAGUCCCGUACAUGCCAAAGUCUCCAUUCUUUCCGAAAUUCGUCGACCCUAAGACGAUGAUCUCGAAGAAAACGGAUAUGCUUAGCAACAUUUUCGGUGGUUUGGGACCUGUGUAUCCUAUGAGUUUCAAACCGUUCAUGCCGAUCGCUGGCCCGCCUAUGUACGGUUCUCCCGACGAGACUAACUUUCUGAGCAACCUGAAAGCUACGGCGAACAACGAAGACGUCGCGUACAAACGAGGAAUCUUCGGGCCGUUCGGUGGGAAACCUUUCGGUCCCAUGAGCCCCAAAUUCGGGCCCAUGUCUCAAUUCUCAGGCGCGAACGCUAUACCCGAUUAUAGCAUGAAGGACGAGUACACCCGUAGAAGAAGAAGCGUGGAAGAAUCUCCAGCCGAGAAGCUUCGGGCCAUCAUGGACAAUGGACUGGCGACGAAGAAUUUAGGACCUCCGCCGCCGUAUCCUACUCUUGCUCCGAUUUCCGAGGAACCGGAAGAAGACAUGCUGGCUAAAAAAAUGGGAGGUCCGAUAGCACCAAAGCAAUAUUUGCCGGGAAUGUUUGGACCCUUCGGACCGUUAGGACCGUUCAGACCGAUGGGACCUGUCGGACCUGUCGUCGAUCCGUCCAUGUUCAUAGCUAAGAAAACGGCUUUCUUGGAUAAUUUGUUUAAGACUCUUGCUACCAGUACUACGCCAUCGCCCAUGGCAAUGGACGCCCCGACGGCGAAGAGUACCAUCGUGCCGUCCGACUUCUGGCUACCGUCUUCGGUGAUCCCCGGACCGACUGAAUACACUGAAAAAGUAGGAGAGUUCUUGGACAAGCUAUUCGACUCUUUGAAGUUGAACAAAACUACGGCAGAUACUGGUGCCGAUGCAUCGAGUGUCAAGUACGAUUUUGCACGAUCUGUAACACCCGACACGGACGCACAAGCAAAGAUCGUGAGGUCGGUCGAUGAUUUGUCAUCGAUCAACGCCGCUAAGGACUCGAUCGUUGACAGCAUAUUAUCAGAGUUGGGCGAUUUGAAGAGUAGCAUGGUGACGACGAUGAACGACUUGAUCACUUAUGAGAAAUCAGCAGCGAUGAUGCCGAAGAAGCCUUUCAAACCCUUCGCUGCCGGACCCUGGUCGAAGACCACUUCCGACGGUUCUUUGCCUUUCCAACAGAAAAUGGGAGUUCUCAGUCAGGUAUUCGAUAUGCUGACGGAUUUGCAGAAGAAUAUUACCGUGGCGAUGCAGAAUAUAAUAAAAGCUAAGAUGGCACCUGGACCGUCCGAUACCAAUUAUCCAACAAGUAACGACAUGUUCAACGUGACUCUUCUGGAUGCUAUUAAGCGUAAACUGGACAGUUUGGACUAUGGAGUUCCAAUUUCUUAUAAUCCCAGUUACGAUAAGUACGGAGCGAGUAUGGCUCGGAUGGCGCCGAAGGCUCCAGGAUCGUUCUGGGUCACCUACCCCGAAAACGGAGGUGCAAAACGAGAAGUUGACACUGGUGCAUCUCUAACGAACGGGGAAGAGAGCGAGUUCAAUCAGAAGCCGCAAACGCGUUCGGUCAAGAUGCAAAUGCAUCAAGGGUACCAGAGCUUGCCAGCCGGUUCCAUAGAAUCCGUGCAAGCAGGCGGAGGAUCCACGCCCGGGCAUCAAGGUGGUGGAAUCAAGCUGCUAGACACAGAGAAUUACGAGGAUUACAACGACUGGGCCAACUGGAUUGGGUACUUGAAAAACGGCUAUCAGGGACACAGGCAUCACAAUCAUCAUUAGACGUCUACAGACCUAGCAGGAAUAUUUCUAUCACUUGUAAUUACAAUCUCUCUCUCUCUAUUUUGCGAUCGAUCACUCCCUUUCUCGCAUACUAUAUUAUAAAAUGUGUACGCUCGAAGAUGUCUAUCAAUAAAGUAUGUUUGGCAAAA